CAUCCCCCGGAGCAUCGCUCCACCAUCCACCCCCGGCCUGCCCUGGCGCUUUCAUCUCCCUCGGUCACAAUGAACUCCCGCGAGCACUCGGAUAUGCCUCCGGCCCCUUCCUACCCCUCGCCCAACGCGGCGCAGAUGAGUCAGGGCGCCAUGCAGUACUACAACCGUCAGUUGACCGCCGACGAGCUCCUCACUGCCGAACUGUCGCGCGAAACCUCUGGCCCCGGCCUCGCCGAUGCCUCCAGCAACGGCGUGCACCAUGGUCAGUCCAUGGUCCUGGGCUCCUCCAACCCUGGCGGUGCUGAUAUGGGCCGCCCGUCGUCUCCCGACCAGCAUCAACAACACAUGCUCCAGUUCACCCCAAGCCAGCAAGUGGGCGUCGAUCCGAAUCACGAUCUGAGCUACGGUGACCAGAGCGCCAGAAGGAAGCGAUCAAAGAUUUCUCGAGCGUGCGAUGAGUGCAGGCGCAAGAAGGUCCGUUGCGAUGCAAGCUCCGAAUCCGGUGUCGAAACCUGCUCGAACUGUCGUCGCCUUGGGGUUGUUUGUCAAUUCAGCCGUGUUCCCAUGAAGCGUGGCCCUAGCAAAGGUUACAUCAAGGAAUUGGCGGAGCGAUUGCAUACUCUCGAAAGUCAGAUGCAACCUGCUAUGGUCCACCCUGACAUGCCAUACCAAACGAUGAACGAAGUGUCUUCGCCAAGGGCGUACCAGGACUUUUCGCCACCAAUGGACGCUGGCCCAAUUGGCCGAAAAAGGACAUACUCGGUGUUUGAAGGGCUGCCAAGCUCAUCGUUUGCGCAGGCGCCUUUUAAUACUCGCCCGCAUAAUGCAUUUGAAGCAGGAGAAAGCUCGACCGAUCCUUGCAAUCCUUCUGUUAUGAACAACUCUGCGCCCAAGCCCGGAAAUCUGUUUUGGACCACCGGCAACGAAAACGAGUUACCGUCCGGACUCGAAAUACCUGAAGUGCCUAAGCAAGCUUUGGAUGAGGACAUGACUCCAUUGGAUGUGGAUGAGGGUGCACUCAAUGCUUACUACCAGAAGAUUCACCCCGUCUUUCCCAUCCUGCCACACUCCAAAGAACGUCUUCUUGAAAUUCUACACCAAUGCAGCCGAGAGGUCCAGGAGAUAUUUCUGUACAGCAUUUUUACAGUGACGCGUACCAACAUGGACCGUGUGAUGAGCACCUUCGAGAGGGUAACCUCGUUUGAUAAUGCCCAGGAUCUUCUUCUCUACUAUACCCGGCAGCCCGCCAUGGUGCGCCCAACUGGUGUGAACCUGAUCUGGCUUCAGACCAUGCUGCUCAUGAUCCUCGACUGUGACUACCGAGGGCCCGACAACUUCACCAUGAAAGAUGGAGUGCCUAAGCACUCGCUUAUCCAGUCUGCCACCAAGCUUGGCUCGGAUAUGGCGAAGGCUCUUGGCCAGUUGAAGACUAAACGGUCGUCGGACCCGGAUGUCGAUUCGGACGCAAACCUUGUAAGACGCAGUUGGGUAUCCCUGGGCAUCCUGACUCGCUGGUAUGCCAUCAGUGUUGCGGACCCUAGUGUCCUCGGAACAUUUGAGAUUGGUGGCCGUGAAGAUGAAAGAGUUCUUGGUUCGGUCGCCGCCGGAAUUGGCUCUUACUCCACUUUCCUUGUUGAGAUGGUUACACUGGCUGCGCAAGAACAUAACGUUUGCCAAACCAACUCAGGGCUAGGCCGUAUGGUUGGGGCGAAUCUGGUCGCAUCGCUUGAGCGUCUCACCGAGAUAGGGGAUUUCCGCAAGCCCUACGACAACAUAGAAGAGCCCACCCCUCACACCUUCAUCGAGAGCCUGCAGAACCAACUAUACUGGACUGUCCGCCUGUUGAUCAAACGCCACAUCUUCGUCUACAGCCCGUACGAGAUAAUCUAUGCUGCCGAAGAGGUGAUCAACGAAUUGCACAAGGCAAGCAUGCAGUCCCGCCUGACAACACCGUUCGACUUGCACAGUCUGGCUCUGGCUUCCAUGACUCUUCUCGAGUCCACCGUGCUCCCCGAGUUUGCAAACCAAUGCUGGGAGUCUCUCAAAAAGGUUGAAGACAUCCUCGAGUACCGCUCCAAACGCACGUCCGAGAUGGGCGAGUUCGGGGAUAUUCUCGCCACUGCAGGCUGGGAUGCCAAGAUCCACGUAUUUCUUGAAUGGCGACGCGCCAAGGCACAGGAGAACCAGCUCCAGGACCCCAACCUCGUGAAGAGCGGCUCCGCGGCGCCACCGGUCAUGGGUCCCAACGAGCAGCGCUCCCUCCAGCACCUGGCGGAUCUUGCCGUCGGCGCUGAGGGCCAAGUCGCCGCCAAUGUCUCCUCCCCUCCUCCCGCCAUCCCCUCAACCGAUAACAACAUGAACGCUACCUCCCCCAACCUGGUCUCUCCCCAGCUCCAGGGUCAUACGGUCGUGGAUUACACUCUCCUCACAAAAGAAGGUUACCUGAAUGUUUUCUCCGGGCUGAUCUAUCGUCGGUCUCGGUAAGCUAAGCAUGCAUGCAUGGCUGGAUGUGUUGUGUUUGCGUUUUUACUAGUGGUAAAUUGGAAAAUCGAAAUCUCUUUCUUUCUUAGUUGAGCUGGACUUCUCUUCUCUUCUCUUCUCUUGUCUUCUUUUCUCUUUUCGUUUCGGGAAAAGCCGCUUUUAUUCCUCAUGCUUAGUUACUUCUAAUGAUUGCUUCGUCUUGCUGUGCCGUGGCCAGCGUGUUGUUUUGUUUCUUGCUAGGUUCUGU